AUGGGAGAGUGGGUCAUUGGAGCUUUCAUCAACAUUUUUGGAAGCGUUGCUAUUAAUUUCGGCACAAAUCUUCUCAAAUUGGGACAUAAUGAGAGAGAAAGAUUAGCUCUACAGGAUAAUGGCGGAGGAAAGAUGCCGUUGAAGCCGAUUAUACAUUUUCAGACAUGGAGAGUUGGGAUCCUUGUCUUUCUUCUUGGGAAUUGCCUCAAUUUCAUUUCAUUUGGUUAUGCUGCUCAGUCCCUUUUAGCAGCUCUUGGAUCCAUUCAGUUUGUAUCCAACAUAGCGUUUGCUUAUGUUGUAUUGAACAAAAUGGUGACCGUCAAGGUACUUGUUGCUACAGCCUUUAUAGUUCUUGGAAACGUUUUCCUUGUAGCAUUUGGUAAUCACCAGUCACCAGUUUUCACACCCGAACAGUUGGCAGAGAAAUACAGCAAUGUGACAUUCUUGAUAUACUGUGGAAUUUUGAUUUUGAUAGUAGCCGUUCACCAUUUCCUCUAUAGGAAGGGAGAAGUUUUGAUAUCUAUACCUGGACAAGAGAUUAGCUCCUAUUGGAAAAUGCUGCUUCCUUUCUCAUAUGCCGUGGUCUCCGGCGCUAUAGGAUCAUGUUCGGUUUUAUUCGCCAAGUCACUCUCAAACUUGCUGAGAUUGGCAAUGUCUAGUAGCUAUCAAUUGCACAGCUGGUUCACAUACUCUAUGCUUCUUUUAUUUCUUAGUACAGCUGGAUUCUGGAUGACAAGAUUGAAUGAAGGAUUGUCUCUAUAUGAUGCAAUUCUCAUAGUUCCAAUGUUUCAGAUUGCUUGGACAUUCUUCUCCAUCUGUACAGGAUUCAUCUACUUUCAGGAGUUUCAGGUUUUUGAUGCGCUUAGAACCACAAUGUUCAUAUUAGGAAUGAUGUGUGUAUUCAUAGGCAUUUCUUUACUAGCACCUGAUGAUACAAGAGGCAACGACACCAAAGAUAAUUCAUCAUCUCUCGAUUCCAUAGUGUCCUCGAGUGGGCCAACUGAAGAGGACAGGUUGAUAUCACAAUCAUCUGAAGAUGGACAUAGCAAAGACACACGAGUAGUUGUACAAGGAAUGUAUAUGAAAGCUGCUGAUCUAAUGGCCAAGACAAAGACUGCUUGUUUAGCGGCAUUGGGCUUUGGCGAAGACUCUAUAAACGCAUCUGCGAUUCUCGUGAUGCCAAUGGUAUCUUCAAAGAUAACAGGGUUUAGAGGAAACGGACUCGAACGGGCAAAGAUUUUGUCCAUGAGAGGGUCAGGAUGGAGCAAACUAACCAUGGAAGAAGAAGGAACAAGAAUGCUUGAAAAAACAUCUCAUCACUCUUCAAAGGCUUAA